ACUUCUGAUUUUCUUCGCAAACGGUGCGCGCUUUCUACCAGCUCCUCUUUAUCUAACUGAUCGAUAGUUAGAAUUCAAGAAAUCGAUAGUAGUUAAUGUUUGUUUUUUGGUGCUGUAAGAAAAUACCACGUGGACGUGGAAUGUUAUUUGUCGCUGUUGUAAGCUAAAUAUUAAGUUUUUAUGUUGUAUUGUUAAAGAGAGAUUAGAAAAAUGCCAAAGUCCGUGCAAAAUAAACUUCUUCAACUGAAAAAAAUAAUUCAUCCAAGAAGCCGAAAAACCAAACAGCUGACGAAACAGAUUCACAAGACAUCAGCGAGGGAAAAAAGCAAGUUGGUAAAUUAUGUGAAGCAAAAUCUCCUUGGUGAAAAGCUUUUGUGGUUUCGAGACAACCUUGAUUCCAAAAAGACCAAGUAUACGCCACAGCUAACAGUUCAGCUUAUAGAAAAGUACCUGAGCAGGUUCCGCGAGGAGCAGGAGCAGAUCCGGAUGAGACACUCGGUCGGCAGCCGCAGCAAGCACCGCCAGCACGCCAGCCGGGAGGACAUCAUCCGCCACACCGUGCUGCACGAGGAGGAGGAAUUUGCGACGUGCGGCCUGGAAGUGCCAGAUCUGCUGAACGUGAAGCAGUUUGCACUGUUGAAGAACUGGUCUGGGGAACUGCGCUACAUUCAGAACUUCCAGUUGAAGAGGUAUUGCCGCAGCGAUCUGGAGGCAAUGUCCCGGAAACACUUGUCAUCCAGUACCACGGCAGUGUACAAUGAAGACAUUACUGAGUCACCUAGUACCACGGCAGUGUGUGACGAAGACAUUACUGAGUCACCAAGUACCACGGCAGUGUGUGACGAAGACAUUACUGUGUCAUCAAGUACCACAGCAGUGUGCGAUGAGGACAUUACCGAGACAUCGAGUAGCACCGAAGUCCACGAUAAGGCCAUUACUGAGUCAAAUACCACAGCAAUGUGCAAAGAGAACGUUACCGGGUCAAGUUCCACAGGAGUGUGCAAAGAGAACGUAACUGAUUCAAAAUCAACAGCAGUGUGCCUAGAGAAUAUUACCAAUUCAAGUACCACAGCAGAUGUGGAAAUGUUGGAUUCAGGGACUGGUUCAUGAAAAUUUAUUCGCACAAACAGGAAUAAAUAAAGUUUCUUGAGAAAAAUAAAUAAAAAUUCUGUAAUGAA